AUGUCUAUCUAUGAUACUGUUCUGAACGAAGAUUACAGCUGGCCUGAGCCGCUGGCUGAACUUCCUCUCAAGCUUGACCCCUCUAUGGCGAAAAGACUUGAUCCUGAAUACGUCAAAUUCUUCAAGGAAGUCCUGUGCGAGAGGCCAGACAUUUUGGAGACGCAUAAAUUUCCUGUGGCCAAGACGAAGUCUGGAGGCAAUGUGAUCCCUGGGCAAGCACCUCCGGUGGAAAUGGCAGAGACUUACGACAUUGAAAUCCCCAGAAAGUAUACAGCAGCGGAAACUUCUAUUCCUGCAAGAGUUUUUGUACCAAAAGGGGAGAUGCCAUCAGAAGGAUGGCCCUGUACGAUCUGGUACCAUGGAGGGGGCAUGGUGCUGGGUGGUAUUGGCACUGAGAACUCCUAUUGUACCCAUCUGGCCGAACUGGCAAUGUGUACCGUGAUCACAGUUGACUACAGGUUGGCGCCAGAAUAUCCUUUUCCUGCUGGCGUUGAGGACUCAUUUGAAGCUUUAAUGUACGUCAUGGAAAAUUCUAAAAAAUUCAAAAUUGAUAAAAGCAAGUUAUGCGUUGCAGGCUCAUCAGCCGGCGGUAACCUUGCUGCUGUAAUGACUCACAAAUAUGCAUCGUCUCCACUUUCAAAGGACUUACCACCUCUGAAGUUUCAAAUGAUGAUUGUUCCAGUCAUUGACAACACCGCUACUGGGGAGACACAUGUGUCCUGGAAAGAUAAUGAAAAAACUCCACAGCUACCAGCAACCAAAAUGCUCUGGUAUAGAAAAAUAUAUUUACCCGAAGGCGGAGAUACUUUAGUUGAUCCCGAGUCUAGUCCUUUCUUCUAUACUGAUGAGAGCUUCAAAUCUGUACCACCUGCUUUUAUAGCCGCUGCUGAAUGCGACGUUUUAAGAUCUGAAGCAGAAGCUUAUAACAAGAAGCUACAAGACAACGGCAUUGACAGUGCGAUUGUUAUUUACAAAGGUGUGCCACACACAGCUAUGGUGAUGAAUGCAAGAUUGACGCAAGGUGCCAAUUUAGUUAGAGAUACCAUUAACAGUAUUAAGACAGCUUUCUACGGUUGA